UGUCGUAUCCUCUGCAAAAGACACAUUUCUCUGUUUGCAUGUCAUUUCUUGAAAAUUGAAAAGAAAGAGACAUAAUGGGCUCCUCUCCUCCUCUUUCUCUUUCUCUUUCUCUUUCUCUGCCUCUACACAACCCCCCACCCCCUAUCCCCACAUAAGCCAAAUACUAGGCCACCAUUUCCUAUCCCUUUUAAAAUCAACCAUUUUAUUCAUCUACAUUUGAUUAUCAUUUUCCUAAGAACUGUUUGAAAAAAGGUGCAAAUUUCUCUUCUUGAAAGACCCCACAAAUCCAAACAACACACGUUGUCUUUCUAUCUCAAUGUUCUUUAAUAAAAAGUACCAAUCGUGUGAUCAGGACUAAAAGUUUCCCUAAUUCUUUGCUUGUGUUAGGGUCUUUAUUUUGAUCAUUUCUUGUUCAUUGGGUUUUGGGUUUGUUCCAUUCUUGUCUAAUUUUCUUCUACAAAGUAUCCUUUUUUUAAUCAUUUUUCCUGACACCCAAUUCUAUUCCCAGACAUAAAUCCUUGUUUGUCUGCUUUGGUAUUAGGGUUUGUUUUUUUCUUGUUUGUCCCUAUAUUCCUCACGGGUUUGAAUAAGAACGCCAAAACAAUGCUGCUAAUGGGUAUGCAAAUUUGACCUUCUUGGCCCAGAAUUGUUUUGCUGUCUCGUUCAGGACUUUUUGCAAACAGUUGGUCUGCAACUCUGCUUGGUUCUUGAAUUUUGUGUUGAGAUAUGGGUUGUGUCCAUGGGAAGUGUUGUUGUAGGUACCCAGGAUCCUCAGAUGGUGAUAAUAGGGAAGAUUUGGGCACAUAUGCUCAGGCUCAAACACAUAUUCUUGCUGGCAGGUCAGUAGAUAGUGCUCAAGUCCCUUCACAUAACUUUAAGUUAGAGUACGCUGUGCUUACGCAACGUGGGUUUUACCCUGAAUCCCCUGAGAAAGAGAAUCAGGAUAGUUAUUGUAUCAGAACACAACUUCAGGGUAAUCCAAAUGUUCAUUUCUUUGGUGUGUUUGAUGGGCAUGGACAGUUUGGUACUCAGUGUUCAUUGUUUGUUAGGGAUAGGCUUGUCGAGAUUUUAUCGGAUGAUCCUACAUUGUUAGAUGACCCUGUUAAGGCUUACAAUUCUGCAUUUUUAAGAACAAAUGAAGAACUUCAUAGUAAUAGUGAUAUUGAUGAUUCCAUGAGUGGGACAACCGCUAUAACUGCUCUUCUUGUUGGAGACAUGCUUUAUGUGGCAAAUGUAGGUGAUUCAAGAGCAGUGUUGUCUGUUAAGGAAGGGAAUAGGGUUGUUGCCAAAGAUUUGUCUUCUGAUCAGACACCAUUUAGGAAAGAUGAAUGUGAGAGAGUGAAAAGCUGUGGGGCAAGAGUUCUUAGUGUUGAUCAAGUGGAAGGUCUAAAGGAUCCAGAUAUUCAGUCGUGGGGGGACGAGGAAACGGAAGGGGGUGAUCCGCCAAGGUUGUGGGUUCAAAAUGGGAUGUAUCCGGGGACUGCGUUUACGCGAAGUGUUGGAGAUAGUACUGCUGAAAGUAUUGGUGUAGUUGCUGUCCCAGAGGUGUCAACAGUACAGCUCACAAAUAGUCAUCCUUUCUUUGUGAUUGCAAGUGAUGGUGUCUUUGAGUUCCUCUCCAGCCAAACUGUGGUGGACAUGGUAAAUAGAUGCGCAGAUCCUAGGGAUGCAUGUUCAGCCAUUGCUGGAGAAUCAUACAAACUGUGGCUAGACCAUGAAAACCGGACAGAUGAUAUAACAAUCAUCAUUGUACAUAUUAAAGCCUUAACCAAUUCAGGUGGUGGCGUCACAGCCAAAUGGAAUGGAGGGAAAACAACAAACACGCAGAAAGAAACAUCGGAGAUAUAUUUCUCUCCGUGUGCUUCGGAAGGUUAUCGGUCUGUAAUGAGUGAAUUCUCUGAUGUUAGCUGUUGUCAUCCUGUUUCAUCACUAGACCACAAAGUAGUAGUUUCAUCCAGCUUGGGUUGAACUAAGAAAAAGACUUCCAAGGGUUAACACGCAUUCCCCCCAUUGUAGAUGUGCCUUAAAUGGUAACUUCCCUCGUUUUUAUAGUCCUCGAUGGUUAGGUAAAUACACAUAAGAAGCAAUGCAUAAGUGGAUGCACAAACUGAUACUAUAUGCUAUACCAGUCUACACAUUUGACUGAAUAUGACAGGUAGAUGGACUGUGCAUUCAUUUAUCAGUUGAAUCAGUGCCCUUUCCCUUGUAAACAAUUCCAUCUGGCUUCAUUUGGUUGCUACUCAGUUUCCAUUCCUGUGCAUGGAACAUCGAUAAAAAAUUACCUAGGUGGUUUAUAGACUUCUUUACCCCGGGGCAUUGCUUCUGUCAAGCUCCAAGCGUUAAUACGGAUGCUCAUGUACAUGGUUUCGUGUUCAAUAUAUGCAUCUUAUUGCAACAAAAAGAGCAAACUAUGUACUGUGUUCAUCUAAACUUGUCAGUUUUAGAAUGGCAAUAUUUCUACACGUCAAUCUACUUGGCUGCGGAAGAACUUAUUGUUGUAUGAAAUAUCAAAGUAUGUUACACUUGGUAUUAAUUGGUCAAAUUUGUAUAGAGGAGGAACUUUGUGUUUGAAUCAAUUAUGGUCAUGUGUUCAUAAGCAAUUCCGUAGA